UAAUUAAUUAUGGAUCGUUUAAGAUGUUUGUCCUUGGUCAAGUGACAGAUUGAUUGUGUUAGGUUAAGUUUUAUGUUUCGAGAAAAUUAAUACUGAUUUAUCAUUUCGCAAGUCAUGUCGUGUUAUUAAACGAAACCUCCAGCAUGUCUUCGACAAAAAUAGAGUUCGCCGUGCAAAUGACAUGCGGCUCUUGUGUAGCUGCAGUGAAAAAAUCUUUGGAGAAUGUGCCCGGUAUAAAUGAUGUUGUCGUCGACUUGGAAAAGAAUUCGGUGAUUGUGGACAGCAGUUUAUCCACCUUGGAGGUACAGAAGAAAUUAGAGGAGAGCGGUAGAAAAGUUGCGGUCAGAGGAUUUGGGGGCAGUGUGGCUGGUGUAUCAAUUUUGGAAAGUGGCGAGAAAGAUGCUAAAGGAGUGGUGAGAUUUAUACAGGCAACUGAACGUGCCUAUAUAAUUGAUGGUACUGUGGAUGGAUUAUUACCAGGUGGUUAUGAAGUUUCAAUACAUGAAUGUGGAGAUAUUUCACAAGGUUGCCAAAGUGUGGGUGAUGUAUAUUCUCCAAAUAAUGUUGACCAUCCAGACUAUGGUAAAAUAGGAACUGUAACUGCAGGUCAGGAUGGUAGAGCAACUUUCCGAUUAGAAAACAAUGUUAUUAAGCUGAGUGACAUAAUUGGAAGGUCAUUUGUGAUAUCUCAAGUAUCAAAAGAACCAAAAAGAGUAGCUUGUGGAGUUGUUGCCAGAUCAUCAGGGCUUUUUGAAAAUCCAAAGACAAUUUGUGCAUGUGAUGGGGUAACUAUAUGGAGUGAGAAAAUUCCUCCAAAGUCAACAUUGUAAUCUGUAGAAGGCAUAUAUUAUAUUAUGUUGCAUUAUUCAAAAACUUAUUCAAACAGGGAAUUAUAUUAUACACAUAAAUUAUAAAUAAAAUAAAUUUAUUUUAAUUAUAA